UGGCAACACUUUUGAACAAAAUCACGCUUCACGCAGUUGCAUCAUUUUACGUACAAUGGUUGUGACUUGUGAACGUAAAUAGUGUUGGAAAUUAGGUAUUCCUUUUGAAUAUCCUGGAAAGAGUUUUACUGCUAUUCGUAUUCUACUAACAUCGCGACAAAUUUCAAGUUGAUUUAUUCAUUAACGCCAAAAAUGGCGAAUAAUCUGGUGCGUGUAAUCAUAGCGGGCAUGCAAGUUGUUGGGAGAGCUUUCGGACGAGCUGUAAGAAAGGAAUUUGCAGCAAGUCAACAAGCAGCAAAUAAAGCCGGUGAUGGUGAAAAGGGGGCGGGUUCGGCAGCUCAAUCAAGUUUGUUGGGGAUGUCAGUGGAUGAAGCUCAACAAAUACUUAACGUUUCCAACAUUAAAUCAAUAGAAGAAAUUAAUAAGAACUAUGAACAUUUAAUGAAAGUAAAUGACAAAGCAUCGGGUGGUUCCUUUUACCUUCAAUCCAAGGUGUUCAGAGCUAAAGAAAGACUGGAUGCUGAAAACGAAGUUUUGUCGAGCAGCGAAAAUUCAAAAAACAAUAAUAAAUCACACAAAGCCGAGUCAUGACAGAACACAUCACAAUUUGUUGUUACCAUCUCCACUAAGUGCUGAUGAUUGAAUUUCCAUCUGGAUAAUCAAGUGCAGUCUGGUCCUUUUAAUGGCAAGAAAUACUUGGCUUCUUGCUUUCUAUAAGUGGGACAAGUAGUACGUUCACCAACCUCUAUGAUAAUUUUAAUAAAAAUAAAUACGAAUGCAUUCAACAACUGGAUACAAACAAAGUUACUAAAACAAUAAAAAUAAACACCUCUUUGGGUGUACUCAA